GAUGCUGUGAUGGAAUUCCCACUUGAGCAGAUUCGGAAUGUGCACACUGUAAGCAGUUGUGAGUGGUAUUGGAAACUGGAUUACGACCUCGAUGCACACGUUUGUCAGAGAUUGUAGUUCAUAGCUUACAUAAUUACUUAAUACUGUACUGUGAUUCGUCCAUCUUGGAAGUACAGUAAACUGGAUUCCAGUGUGGCUACCAGGUGUGGACUUGGAAUUCGGAGUGCGAUUCUGGGGGCAUCACGUGGCCACUUAAGUAGUUCAUUGCUUCUGUUCAUGGUAUUUUGUUCAAAUUCAGAGUGCUGGCCGUGGCCGUAUUUGUAAUGGGACGGACUGAAUACUAUAAUUCCUCACAUGUCGAGCUUAAGUAUUCUUCUGCACUGGCCUGUUCACGAUGAGUCGACAUGGAAAAUUUGUCCACUCUCCCCUUUAUGCUCCUGCGAUGUUCGGCGAUGCUUCUCUCUGUGUUACAACAUUGUGAUGAGGAACUUGCAUCUGUUGGUUAAUGCUCGCUGUAAAGGAAGGCAGUAAGUCAUACGUGUUUCGGGAUGAAAAGUUCUCACAACUUCUGAGGCGUGAACGUGGGAAUUCUUAGUGUUUGCUUACGUGCCUGAUUUGAGGCAUUGGGCUGGCUGAGAGAAUCGUCACAGCUUCCUCUGCUUCGCUUGAAGAGAGUGGUUUCCAUCGUUAUUUCUGGCGCGUUUUGGAGUGAUUUUGACAAUUGCUCGCAAUGAGCUCGUUUGGGGAUGUGGAGGACGGGGAGGGUCCAGAGACUGAAAGAGAAGGUCUUAGCGAUGUUGACGAGGACGAAGGAGAUGAGGACUUGGCAGGGGACGAAUAUGUGGAUGGGGAUGGAGAAGGAGAGGAAAACGAUGAGUACCAAUUGGAAUUCGGCACAGGCAUGGAUCCGUUGGCAUUCGUGGAGGAGAAUGAGAGUGGCGUUAUGCCUUUUCAGCAGUUUGAGAAGCUAGAAUACGAGGCACUUGCAGCUCGAAAGCGCAAAGCGUUGGCUGUUCAGAGGGCAGCGAAAAUGAAGUCGUCCAAGGCGCAAGAGGACGUUUUUGGCGCCAAUAUUGAUGAAAUUUGGGAAUCAGCAGGGUUUGGAAUUGGGCGUCGCCGGAGGCGCCGGAAGAAGAAGAGGAAGCUUGGCAGACGGUCAAGAUUAACUCCUGAAGUUGCAAAGAUGCUAGGAGAAGCGAAUCUUCUCUAUGCCAUGGGAAAAUUUGAAGAGGCAGUGGAGUUACUGAAGGAGUGUGUGCGCAUUGCGCCAAAUGUACCAGAUUCCUAUCACACCCUUGGUUUAUUGUACGACGCAAUGUCUGAUAGAAAGAAGGCACUUAAUUUCUACAUGAUUGCUGCACACCUCACUCCUAAGGACUCUGUGCUGUGGAAGCGACUUGCAUCAUGGUCAAUGGAGCAGGGAAACAUUGGACAAGUGAUUUACUGUUUGACGAAGGCAGUAAAAGCUGAUCCAGAUGAUGUGGAUGCCAAGUGGGACCGAGCAUCUCUUUUUGCCGAACACAAUGACUAUCAGAAAGCUGCAGAAGCUUUUGAGCAGCUUUUAUUGCAGCGACCAAGUGAUGUGGAGGUUGGCAAGAUGGUAGCGAAGAUGCAUCACAAGACAGGACAAUGUGAGCGAGCUAUACAAGUCCUGGAGAAGUUAGUCGAGGAGCAUCCUGCAGAGGCUGAUUUGACCGCGGUGAAUCUUUUGGCUGAGUUGCUUAUGGAGAGUGGACAAUUUGCAACGGCAAUCGCACACAUAGAUCAUGCAUCAACUCUUUAUUGCCCAGAUCAACAUCUUCCUAUCGACUUAUCUACUAAAGCUGGAAUUUGUCACGCCUAUCUUGGAAACUUGGAAGAUGCCGAGAGCUUUUUCGAGGAGCUUUCGGAGGAGCGCAUUGAGGGCUUUGCAGAUCUUAUUAUGGAUGUUGGGGACGCCUACUUGGCUCUUGGGGAGCACAAGUAUGCCUUACACUAUUAUGGAAUGCUUCAUGGUGAUAAGACCUUUGACAAUGCUGGGGUAUGCCUCAAAAUGGCAGAAUGUCAUGCUGCCUUGAAGGAAACAAGAGCUGCAAUUGACCUUUACUACAGAGUCUUGCAGGAUCUUCCUCAUCAUAUAGAAACUCGGCUUACCUUGGCAACUAUUCUGGAUGAAAAUGGACAAUUUGAUGAGGCUAUCUCUGUUUUGGCUCCUCCGGAAAGUUCUGAGAGUGUUGGGCCUCCAGGUGAUGUAGAAGAUUCCUGGUGGAAGGAUGGUGAAGUUCGCAAAAAGCUGGCACAGUUGUAUCUUUCACAUGAACUGUAUCCACAGUACCUUGAUACGCUGGUUCCUGCAAUACAAGAAACCUUGUAUCUAGAGUCCCAAAAUCACAAGGUGAGAAACCCGAAAAGGCUUAGGAAGAGUGUACUGUUGGAGCGAGUCCGUUGGAUUGAAGAUCGACCAGCUGAUGAAGUAUUUCAUGGAUUCCGACCUGUGCUUUCCAGCUCAAAUAUGGUCAAAGCGGCAAGGGCCAAAAAGAGGCUACAGCAAUUAUUAGAAGACAAGAAGGACAGAAAGGCAGCAGCUCUCGCAGCGGGUCAGACCUAUGAAUCUGAAGAAGAAGAAGACGACGAACCCAUACCAAACGAGGUUCACCACGUGAAACAGCCUCUCCCAAAUCUGUUGAAGGACGAAGAACACUACCAACUUAUUCUUCAAUGUUGCAGGACAUUAACAUCCUCGAAGAGGUACUGGGAGGCUUUGGAGAUUGUCCAUCACACGCUGCAAGCGGGAUCAGGGCUCGGACAAGAGAAGAGGGAUGAGCUUCGUAAUCUGGGUGCACGUAUCGCUUAUCAGACAAGGGAUGCCAACUAUGGAUUCGAUUGUGUGAAGUACAUGGUGGCACAACGCCCCUACAGCACGAGUGUUUGGAAUCGUUACUACCAAGUCAUCUCUAGAUCAGAGGCACGAGUUCCGAAACAUAAUAAGUUCAUGUUACAUAUGCGAUCCAAGUACCCAGAUGUAGUCCCGACAAUGAUAAUAUCAGGACAUCAGUUCAGCAUGAUUAGUCAACAACAAGGAGCUCUUCGAGAAUACCUUCAAGCCUACAAGCUUCAGCCUGAAGAUCCUUUCAUAAACCUUUGUGUUGGAACAGCAUUUAUCAAUCUGUCGCUUGGAUUCAGGCUGAGUAAUCGCAAUCAGUGUGUCAUGCAAGGGUUUGCAUUUCUUUACAAGUACCAGCGGCUGGUCAACUUUAAUCAGGAGUCGAACUUCAACUUAGCUCGUGCGUAUCACCAUGUGGGCCUUGUGCAAUUGGCAUCCACCUACUAUGAAAAGGUUUUGAGUACGUACGUGAAAGAUCGUCCUCCUGUCAAGUUACCUCAUGAGGCCGUAGAGAUUGAGACUGGUAUUCCUCCAAAGAAGGUUACAUCAGAUCACGAUCUUGGUCAUUGCAAUUUGCAAAGAGAAGCUGCGUACAAUCUCCACCUCAUUUACAAAAGAAGCGGAUCAAGCAACCUAGCGAGACAACUACUGAAGGAUUACUGCUCCUUUUAAGCCCUACAUGAUGACCUCUUUGUUCACUCUGGAUAUGAAGAGAAUCCUAGACACUGAAGCUCAAGUUUCUCACAAGGAGUUCUUACGUCGGUGUCCCGGGCCUGGACUUUCUAGCUGCGUGUACAGGACUGUUUGCGUCUACAUCUCAAGGCAGAGUAAGGAAGUCAAUAGUUGGAAUCGGAUUCGUGUUGGAACCGAAUCUUCCCACGAUAGGCAUGCUGGAAGACAAAGGCGCAGCGACUUCGUCCACCAAGAUCUUCUUAAAAAUGGACAAGAAGCGGAAUCGGGGACUAGUGAAAAACCACUACGAUUCUAGUUGCUGUGCUCUCUCUUCUCUGAAAAUGCGUGUGCUUACCCUAGAAUUUUUUCACGAUCCAGAAGGUCAUCCAGCAGCGAACUUCUGUCCAGUCUGAGUAGCCGGGAUAUCUUUGGAGACCAGAGCUGGAAGGAGCAGUUUCUGCCGUCAUCGUAACAGAAGCUACUCUGAAGAAGUUUUCUAUCUAUCUUACUCUGAAGAAGUUGUCUAUCUAUCUCAAGUUCAUAAAACAUAGAACCAAAGUGGCGCCAGCUGUGCAGACGUGAAAUUGCAGUGUAAACGUGAAAAUUGCUCGAGCGAAUGAUUAGGCGUAACAGGUAUUGGCAUUUAUCAGUCUUAUUGCAUCGUAUAUUACAUGUAAAAUGGGAGGGAACUGAAAUAAAGAGUUGCAUGUCUUAGCAAGCACCCCGCACCUAAUCCCUAAAUGUCCCACGCUGACAUCUUUUUGAU